AUGCUAAAAGCGAGGGUAUUGAGCAAGUAUUCAGGCCGUGUUAUGGCUCCGUUGAUGUCAAAUUUCAAAGAAUCUCAUGGCGUUGCCGGGUUCUCAAACUUUGGACUCAAUACAUUAAAAGGUGGCAAUGAUGAGUAUACAAGAGAAAUGUUGUUUUGGAGUAAACAAGUGAGGAAUAUAUCUCAGGGUAGUUUCAUUCAUCAUAAGUAUGAAAACAUAAGUUGGAAUAAUAUGGUGCAUGGUAACGGUCAUAGUGCCUGGUAUUUGUCAAAUGGUCAUUAUAGCUCCAAAUCCAAUGAUAAAUCAACGAGGGAAUUGCCAAAGAAGCUUUUAAGAAGUGUUCCAGAAUUUGUGAAGUUAGUGGAAGUUGGCCCAAGGGAUGGAUUACAAAAUGAGAAGGAUAUUGUACCUACUGCUGUGAAGGUCGAGCUGAUAAAAUUGCUAGUUUCUUCAGGAUUGCCUGUUGUUGAGGCUACAAGUUUUGUCUCGCCAAAAUGGGUGCCACAGCUAGCAGAUGCAAAAGAUGUAAUGGAAGCUAUACGAAAUAUUGAAGGUGCUAGAUUUCCAGUGUUAACUCCAAAUCUUAAAGGUUUUGAAGCUGCUGUUACAUCUGGAGCCAAGGAAGUGGCCAUCUUUGCCUCAGCUUCGGAGUCAUUUUCAAAGUCAAACAUCAAUUGUAGUAUUGAAGAUAGUCUGAUUCGUUACCGUGAUGUUGCGUUAGCUGCUAGGGAGCUCUCGAUUCCUGUUCGUGGGUACAUUUCUUGUGUUGUUGGGUGUCCAGUGGAAGGAAUGGUACUUCCAUCAAAAGUAGCAUAUGUAGCUGAACAGCUUUGUGACAUGGGUUGCUCAGAAAUUUCCCUUGGUGAUACAAUUGGCGUUGGUACCCCUGGUACUGUCAUUCCAAUGCUUGAAGCUGUUCUUGAUGUUGUCCCUGUUGAUAAGCUGGCAGUCCAUUUUCAUGAUACUUAUGGGCAGGCUCUUUCCAAUAUUCUUGCAUCACUCCAAAUGGGGAUCAGCACAGUAGAUUCAUCAGUCUCUGGUCUUGGGGGCUGUCCAUAUGCUAAGGGUGCUUCUGGUAAUGUUGCCACUGAAGAUGUUGUUUACAUGCUCAAUGGGCUUGGAGUCAAGACUAAUGUAGAUCUUGGAAAGCUCAUGAUAGCUGGGGAUUUUAUCUGCAAGCAUUUGGGACGCCCAUCUGGUUCAAAGACAGCAACUGCAUUAAAUAAAACCACCAUAGCUCAUGCCUCCAAGCUUUAGGGUAGUAGAGCUAAGAUCAAUCUAUGUUCUUCCAUAUUGUAAACUAAAAUAAUACAUCUCUUUCUCCUCUUCCUAUGCAUUUCCGCAUUUCUUUUUGGAUAUUGUUUCAUGUUAUCUUGGUUAACUUUACUAUUUUAAUUUCCCGUCUUUGCAGAUGGCCCUAU